UCUGGCGAAUUGUGCAGCUCCUCCAGCUCAUCCCAUCCAUCCGCAGAACUCGCAGUCGGUCGCACCUCGCACACUCUGCUGCACAUCCUCCGAGGGCCCAAACUUGCAGACCUGAACAAUCCUGAGACUUUUCUCUGCAGCCUUAACUCAGCUGCGUGCCAACCACACGGCACUCCCUUUCCUGUUCUGCGGCUGUGAUUUCAAGAAAGUUCCCGACCAUGAAUCAUCUCGUUUGGAUAUUUCCAGUUCUUCUGGUCUCGCUUUGCAAUGCUCAAACGCGAAAGCGCCAAGCCUCGAGUGCAGAUUACGACGAGGUGGUGAACUUCAAUCAAGGAGGAGAAGUUUUUGACGCCGACCCUCUGCUUUUCUUGAACCUUGGAGGCAGCCCCGGAAUUGACUUUCCGAUGUACAGAAAAAUUCCCAAGACCUCUUUCUCCUGCAAGAAAGUAAAAGCUUCCGGCUACUACGCCGACAUGGAAACCAACUGCCAAGUGUUCCACUUGUGCGAGAAUGGUCGAAAACUGUCCUUCCUUUGUCCAAACGGCACCAUUUUCCGGCAGUCGCGGAUGACGUGCGACUGGUGGUAUAAAGUUGACUGCGGCGCCUCCCUGGAGUUCUACGAGUCGAGCGCCGAGCAGCUUCGGCAGGACCGAAACACGCCAAGGUCCGGCCAAAACCAACCCCUCAACUUUGACGACAAACCUGUCCCUGUUCUCAGCAAAAGCAAAUCGAACAGUUUGGAGUCUCAAGAGGUGGCGGAAACAGGGUCGCUGAUCAUCAACCUGGCCAAGAAUCAGAAAAACAAGGCGGCAAAUGGAACAACUGAAACUGAGGCAGGCAGGAGCCUUUUCAAGCUGAACAAACCCAGGCCGAACACGACGCCUGCCAAUUUCGGAACCAAGAAGAGCAUUUAUGUGCCGACUGUUCCGUCCAUAACCUCAAAAGCCACCACUACAGCAGCCCCUGUCACGACCACUGAGAUUCUGACCACAACCUUUGAGGCCACGACGUUCAGCGACUACGAUCAAAUAGCAAACUCAGAAUCCCUGCAGGGCAGUCACAGCUCAUGGUUCAACUCCCCCACAACUCAGCCACCAGUCACAGAGCCACAAUCGAUCUCCGAGUUGGUCAACACGCUGCAAAAUGUGCGGAGGAGCGACGAGGGCCGCGCUGGAAGGGCGCAACGACUGGAGGACGUGCCGUUGGUCGCCAGACCGCAGACCUUGCACUCGCUGGCCACCUACUUUGCUGCCGACAAUAAGACUCGGCAGGAGCUGGACAAAGUGGUUCCCGAAGACCAAAAGCUAUUGAUGCAGUCGAUCAUGCGCGAGCAGAAACAGCAGAACUCAAAACUCAACACGUCCAACCCCGAUUUGCGCCACUUGGCCAAGAUCUUCAGCAAGGCCCUGACCGACUACCUGCACGACCCUGAGACCUUCCGCGAGUCCCUGAAUGCCGUCCACCCCACCCCUCCCCCUCUCCCCCUUGUCAGCGACAACCUUUUGCUUGACGAGGACAAAGACGAAGUUCUCGAUUUCUCAGACGCUCCCCAGACCAAACCUUUCCGGCCGACGACGACCACAACCACCCCUGAACCUCCCACCACCGCUGCAUUCGAAGACCCAGUGACCAACCGACGCAACGACGUGGCAUCUAAGGUCAACGAAAUCCAACAGGAGUAUCUCUCGGCCAGGAGAUUUCCGGACGGAGCUUCCUUCGUCACCCCGACGGACUUCACCAGCCCCGAUGUGGACGAACGGACCUAUUUGCCAAACACCCCCGAAGUAGCCGCGGCCAACCUGGUUGACGCCAUUCCCACCCCUUCCUCCUUCCCCAUCAGCCCUGAAAAGAUCCCCUUCACUUCUCCAGAAUUUUACCCCAACGCCCGGGACUAUGUUGAAAUCGGAUUCCAACCCUCCCUGGCUCGCACCCCCACCGGCAGGAGUUACUUUGACCCUUUGCAGGUCCCUCAGGUCGAUUUCCACCCUCCUCAGUACGACAUCAACCAGUUCGUGCCCUCCGACCUGAACUCCCUCUCCAUCCUGAACAUCGAAACGCGUCCCAGUCCGACUCAACCCCCUGUCUCCGUUUCAGUCCACAUCCCUAAGGGCAUCGACCACCGAGUGACCAUCGUGUCCUCUCCCCAAAACAUCCACGUCAGCAACCAACCCUCCGUGACCCAAAACCGGCCCAUGAUCAGCAAACUGCUCUUCCCCCUGCCCUCCGAGUCACUGGUGUCCGAAGGAACGGCCAGUUUCCCCAACUCCUUCCGGUCGGCCAAGAGCAAGCAGUUGGUAGAAAACUCGAUCGACGGCGUUUCCAAGUACGUCUCGCAGUCCAUCCCCGCCCCCACGACCCCCGCAACCACCGUCGAACCCAUCACCGAGUUCAUCCCUUCGACCACCGAGGUCCCGACAACCCUGCCGCCAAGCACCACCACCGAGGCCGUCACCACCACUGAGGUUGUGCCUCGCGCCAGGAAAGUGGACGACGGAAGCGACGACUCGAAACUGGUGCUGCUGCUCGUGAAAAACGCAGCCACCACCCCCGGCCCGUCAACCCCUUUCAUCAGCAAGACGAUGCUGAUUGAGGCGCUGCUCAAGUCUCAGCAAGAGAAAAAUAAUCAAGUGGAUGUGCCAAAAGUGGGUGUCAGCUAUGCGACGGUGCCCUCUACAACCCCUAUAUUCCAGAGGUUGGUGAGCAGCACUCCUGAAGCCACUACUUACAGGAGUGCGAAACAUGCUGAGAUUUUGCAAAAGAUCAAAGAAGAGAUCGAGAAAAAGGAGCGCGAAUCCAGCACGGAGCAAGCAGUGGUUGUCGAAGAUUUGUCGGGAGAUGCGUCUUCAGGCAGGACGGCGCGCAAGAGCAGCCUCAACCACUCCGACUCGCGAGCACUAGACAUCCUAAAGUCACUCUACUCUCUGGCGACGAGGUGGAUAUAAUUAGCCUGAAAAUAAUUUAUAAUUGCUGCGAAUUUGCCAAUAAAGGAUCGAUCGAAAGUUCUACUAAAUUAAAAAUUCUCGGAAAUUUUCUUCUUCCGAAUUUGUCAACGAGUGGCAAAAAAAUCGCGAUCCGAGAAGCCUCAAUUUUAUACGCCUUAUGAUUCGUGUCUGUGCCUUAUUCACGCGAAUUUCCAGAGUUGUGGUUGCAGCUGCUGCAACAAGUGUAUGAAUAUUAUAAUGUAUCUACCUAAGUGUCCGCGUGCACCUUGAAUAAGUGUCAUUGUAGAUAUAGAACAGUAUUUUUCUCACAAUCUCAAACUGUGUGGAACAUUAAUUUGUCUCAAUAUUUUUUUGGAAUAAAUAUUAUUGUGUGCUUUAAAGAAAAGCAGGAAAUGUUAUAAUUGAAUUGAUUUAAUUUAUUUUGGCUUGUCAAUAUUCAAAAUUUUAAAUUUACCAUUUUUUUCAUAUGAUAUCAUGAUUAAUUAAAUGUACCUAAAAUUAAGUAACAUAUAAAUAUUUGUUUGGGGAUGAUUUAGUGAAUACAAGUGUAGUUGUUGGAUUCGGAAAGUAAAUUUUGUAAAAUAAUAUUCAAUAAAUUUGAGCAGGUUGUUAAGUGGAACUAAACUUUUUUGA